UGUUCGUUAUUCGAUCAUAAUUAUUUUCCAAAUUGAAAAAUGGCAGAAACAGUUGAAUUAACCCUUCCUCCUCAUUCUUAUGUCACGGUUAUGGCUCACGAUGAACCAAAUGAACAUAGCCACACCUUUCAUGUAACCAACAACGGUGAGGUACCUGUCAUAGCUGAAUCAAUUCACCAUGAAGCCGAUGAUGAGGAACAUCCUCUUGUUGAAACCAUCGCACCCAGUCAAAGCCAUCAAUUUAAGCACGGUGAGAACUACAAAAAAUGUGUAUUGAAAGUUACCAACAACACCGAUCAGGAAGCCGUUUUUUCCGCAACUGGAGGUAAAGCUACUGCUGCAGAUUUACAAGCCAAGAUUAAACCAAUGGUUAAGGAACAUACCGAGGCUGUUUAAAUUAUGAUGGCUGUAUAUAUGAUAUAAAUAAACUACCUUAAGUACUGAGUUUUGUGUUUUUAUUCAUUUACGACUAUUUCUCUAAUUGUGUGUGUGGGGGGUGCGUUGGCAUCGGAAUGAUCCAUUUGCCACAGACUUUUAUAUAAUUACGAAUGUAAAAAUUAUGUUUUUAU